AUGGACAAAUCAUGGAUAGAUUUAGCAGAUAGGCAUUCUCUAGCAUAUUAUGAUGCAAUAGAUCAAUUUUUGACUUUUGCAUACAUCAAUAGGGAUCUGGGUUCAAGGAUUUAUUGUCCUUGUAGAAAGUGCGAAAAUCGUUAUCUCUAUGUAAGAUUAGUUGUGCGGCAGCAUCUUCGUGAUUAUGGUUUCUUUAAGAAGUAUAGGAAAUGGGAUAAACAUGGUGAGCCUAAUCAUUAUGUUCAUCCAGUGGAUGGAAAUCAAAAUGGUAUUGGGUUAGAUUCUUAUAUGGAGGAUGAUAUGGUCAGACUUGUCCAAGAAGCUUUAGGAGCUCCUAAUGUAGGAACACAUGAUCAGACUAGUGAAGAAAACUCAACUAAUCCUAAUGUAGGGGCAAACGAACCUACCAAUAAGUUCUUGAAACUUCUUGAGGAUGCAAACCUUCCAUUGUAUUCGGGUUCUAAGAGACACACAGCUUUGUCAUAUACAGUUCGUCUUUUGCAAGCGAAGGUGCUCCAUGGAUGGACAGAUAAAUCCUUCAAAACUUUACUUGAGAUAGCAAAAGAAUCUAUGCCUGAAGGUGUGCAACUUCCCAAGUCAUAUUAUGAAGCCCAGAAGUUAACAGAAGAUCUCGGAUUCACUUAUGAAACAGUAGAUGCAUGUCCUAACAGUUGUAUGUUGUUUAGAAAUGAAGACAUAAAUUUGGAUGAAUGCAGAAUAUGCAAGACAUCUCGAUGGAAAGAUAACAAUGGUAGUUCAAAUGAUGUUGCAGCACUUGGGAAACGAAAAGCAGCAAAACAAGCAAGAUAUUUUCCUUUAAAACCAAGGUUACAAAGGUUGUUUAUGUCUUCAAAAACAGCAAAGCUUAUGAGAUGGCAUGGAGAGGAAAGAACCGAUGAUGGUGUGUUUAGGCAUCCUGCAGACUCUUUUGCAUGGAAAGAUUUUGACCAAAAACACACAAAUUUUUCGGGAGACAUUCGCAAUGUAAGGCUUGGGUUAGCAUCUGAUGGAUUCAACCCAUUUAGGUCUAUGAAUAUAGUUCAUAGUACAUGGCCUAUCAUAUUGGUUCCCUACAAUUUACCACCUAUGAUGUGCAUGAAGCAGCCCUUUAUAUUUUUAUCUGUUCUUAUUGAUGGUCCUAAGGCACCCGGUGAUAAAAUUGAUGUCUACAUGCAGCCACUCAUUGAAGAAUUGAAGGAACUAUAUGAAGAUGGUGUAGAAACAUUUGAUGCAUUCAGCAAUGAAAUGUUUAAAAUGCAUGCUGCAUUGUUGUGGACGAUUAAUGACUUUCCUGCCUAUGCCAACUUGUCGGGGUGGAGUACAAAAGGUGAAUUUGCUUGCCCAUCAUGCAACUCUGAAAGUGGUUACCAGCGGUUGAAGUUUGGUAAAAAAGCUUCAUACAUGACUCAUUGGCGGUGGUUACCCUAUGAUCACAAGUAUCGAGCAGAUUCAAGGUCAUUUAAUGGCAAUACAGAAUAUAGAAGGAAGCCUAAAACUUUAUCUGGCGCAGAUCUUCUUGCACAAUUGGAAUCAAAUGGUGUUCUUACAGAGUACAAGCGGGAAGAUCUAGAGCGAAGGAAGGUGCUUGGGGUGCAAAAACCUGAUAAUGAUCCUUUGAUGAAAAAGAAGCAUAAUUAG